CAGUCAACUGACUGCACAGUUCCGCCCCAGGCGGGACCUGGAUCUAGAAGUGCUCGGAGCUCGCGGGUGGGAGGAUCAGGAUGACUGCUGCUCCCGGAGCCAGCUUUCAACUCCCACCCCGCACAGGAGCCUCAGCAGCGCGAGCGGUCGCCCAGACCAGACCUGGAACCCUUGCAGCACGACCGCCGCGCGCUUCCCUCCGGAUCCAGCUCCCACCGUCAGAGCGUCCUCCCUCCGCCGCGCCCCGCUCAGCCCAGGCUGGGGCGGGGCCUCGGAAGCGGUCGCCCUCGCCCCGGACAGGGCGGUCCCUCGUUAGGCCAAGUUUUCAAACGGCAAAAAUCAACCGCGCGGAAGAGACUCUGUCUUCUCUUCACUCCGCAUCCCAGACGCCUCAGAGAAACUGCCUUUCAGACCUUCGCGGCCUCUCCUGUGCCCGCAGCGCCCGGGAGCUGGGGAACCGGGUUAGCCACAUCGACCGCAACGUUCGCGCGCCACCUUGUGUCCGUUCCUUUAGCUUCCAGGGACAACCCGGAAACCACAUUUCCCAGCGUGCCUAGCGCCUCUGCGCAGGCGCAAAUAGUUUUCCCUCGUUGCCAUGGGAACCUCGCCCCUUCUAGAGUCCCGGCCGCUUGACUCAGCGAGGCGCGGUGUGGUUUUUUCCUGAGGUACUCUGGGGCUGGGACCCGGUCUGCAGAAGGUCCAGGGGGCGGCGUAGGGGGAUUGAGGAGAGGAGACCAAGCCGGCCUUGCCUCCGGGACCAGAGCUUCCAAAUAAUCUGGGGCGUCCCGGCGUGCACACGCCCCUGAGGCCUUGCCGUUCUGAGGAAAGGGGCUGGCGAGACGACCAGGGUCCGCGAUGCCGGGGUCCGGCUGUGGCCCGCGAAGGCCCGCUCGCCCGCGCCGGCGUCUUGUCACCGCGAGCCGAGGGCCUUUGCGCGGCCGACAGAUAUGGGAUGUUGGAGGACAUCUGGGGACCACAAAUACUCCUUCUCCUGGAGAUGCAACUCAAGGGUCCUCAAGGCCAUAGGACUCCAUAACUCUAUAGGUGUCAGGGGCAGAAACAGGACUAUGUGAAGAUUCAUAGCCUCCCAUUUCCUUGCCUUCAGGGAGCUUCAGCAUCUACCCUUGUUCCAGGCGGCUGCUCAGGAGCACCGUUCUACCCCUUUCUGCCUGGAGAAGCUGCCGUUUUUCCUUCAAGGAUCCUCGAAGCCAGAAGGAGCAGCCACCUCCCACUCCCAGCUGCUGCAAGCAAGCUGCUUUGACCUCUUUCUAGAGUUGGGGAUUGCUGCUGGAGUUCGAGUCUCCGGCCCAGAGUGGGUGCGAUGGUCUUGCUUGCACCCUGUAUCCUCCGACAGACGCCCGGGAACUCUACUCAGUGGGUGACCCCAGAGAGCUCGCACCCACAUUCGGACUCCGAGUCUAGCGCUCGGUCCACUGCACAGGAACCUCGCGCCCCAGAGCUGCGUCCUCUCUGCCCUUCGCGAUCCGAUGCGCGGCCCGCGGGACGCCCCGAUCUCCAAGGGCGCGGAAGGCCGAGGCGUGCCUGGAGAGCCAGGGGCAGCUGACGGGCGCCGCGGGCCUCCCGGGUCACGUGACACCCGGGGCAACGUGCGCCGUCACGUGACGGCGGAGCCUCUCUCCCUCCGGACGGUGAACUCCUCCCGCUCUGCCUAUGCCUGCUUUCUCUUUGCUCCGCUCUUCUUCCAGCAAUACCAGGCAGCCACCCCUGGUCAGGACCUGCUGCGCUGUAAGAUCCUGAUGAAGUCCUUCCUGUCUGUCUUCCGCUCACUGGCGAUGCUGGAGAAGACGGUGGAAAAAUGCUGCAUCUCCCUGAACGGCCGGAGCAGCCGCCUGGUGGUCCAGCUGCACUGCAAGUUCGGGGUGCGGAAGACUCACAACCUGUCCUUCCAGGACUGUGAGUCCCUGCAGGCCGUCUUCGACCCAGCCUCGUGCCCCCACAUGCUCCGCGCCCCAGCACGGGUCUUGGGGGAGGCUGUUCUGCCCUUCCCUCCUGCGCUGGCUGAAGUGACGCUGGGCAUUGGCCGUGGCCGCAGGGUCAUCCUGCGCAGCUACCAUGAAGAGGAGGCAGACAGCACUGCCAAAGCCAUGGUGACUGAGAUGUGCGUUGGAGAGGAGGAUUUCCAGCAGCUGCAGGCCCAGGAAGGGGUGGCCAUCACUUUCUGCCUCAAGGAAUUCCGGGUGAGGUUCCCCCCACGCACUUGCCGGUCCUGUCCUGCCUGCCCAGCUCAGCCCAACCCGGGGCCUCACCUGCUACCUCUUUCCUCUCAGGGGCUCCUGAGCUUUGCAGAGUCAGCAAACUUGAAUCUUAGCAUUCAUUUUGAUGCUCCAGGCAGGCCUGCCAUCUUCACCAUCAAGGACUCUUUGCUGGAUGGCCACUUUGUCUUGGCCACACUCUCAGACACUGACUCGCACUCCCAGGACCUGGGCUCCCCAGAGCGUCACCAGCCAGUGCCUCAGCUCCAGGCUCACAGCAUACCCCACCCAGACGACUUUGCCAAUGACGACAUUGACUCUUACAUGAUCGCCAUGGAAACCACUGUAGGCAAUGAGGGCUCGCGGGUGCUGCCCUCCAUUUCCCUUUCACCUGGCCCCCAGCACCCCGAGAGCCCCGGUCUCCACUCCGAGGAAGAUGAGGCUGAGCCCAGUACAGUGCCUGGGACUCCCCCGCCCAAGAAGUUCCGCUCACUGUUCUUCGGCUCCAUCCUGGCCCCUGUACGCUCCCCGCAGGGCCCCAGCCCUGUGCUGGCUGAAGACAGCGAGGGCGAAGGCUGAACCAAGAACCUGAAGCCUGUACCCAGAGGCCUUGGACUAGAUGAAACCCCAGCCAGUAGAAGAGCUGGGUCUCAGCCCUGGGGACCGGAAAGGUGGGCUUGCUGGAGCUGAGCUGUUUCACUGCCUCUCGCAGGCCCCAGCUGGCUGUCACUGUAAAGCUGUCCCACAGCAGUCAGGCCUGGGCCCUGUUAUCUCCCCACAACCCCCAGCCAAUCAUGACUUUCCAGACCUGGCCCUGAACUACUGACGUUCCUACCUCUUAUUUCCCAUUGAGUCUCAGGCUAUACUCCAGCUGGCCAAGGCUGGAAACCUGUCUCCCUCAGGCUCACCUUCCUAAGGAAAACGUCACAGCAGGUGCUGCUGGCCCCUGACGAUCCAGCUUCUCUGCCAAUCAUGACCUGACCUGUUCCUUCCUGAAGUCCUGGGCAUGCAUCUGGGACGCCCGUGGAGCUGACAGUUUUUCUUGCUUUCCUGAUACUUUUUGGUGCCAACCUGGAAUUCUAAGAGCCUCGGACCUGCGUGUGUGGCUAGGGUUGCCCUUGCUGGGGCCUGGUGCCCAGCCUCCCAAGUAGCUCUGCGCAGAAGAGCUGCCAGGCAGCGUCUUAGACGCGAGACGGAGGCCAUGGCGAGAAUCCAGCUUUGACCUUUAUUCAAGAGACCAGAUGGGUUGCCCCAGGAUCCGGCUGCCAGCCCUGAGGCCAAGCAUGGCUGGAGACCCACGACCUGGCCUGCCGUUGCCCUGAGCUGCAGCCUCAGCCCCAGGAUCCUGCUCACAGCCAUCGCUGAUGCAGGCAGGAAGCAGCCCUGGGGGAUUGGACGCUGCUAUUGAUUCAUUAAAAAAAAAAAA